AAUGUAUAAAGCCGUCUAAAACGUCAGUAGUUUACUACUGCUUCAGUGUCGUAGUGGCAACUCUGUAGUUUCGGGACAGUAUAAAUUUUUAUUUUUAAGUCUGAAGCAACUGCGGGAAAACUCUGCAUAUUCCAACUGAAUACGCGUAUAUUAAAAACAAAAACAAAAACAGAAUUCACAAAAAUAGGAAGCGCGUAUUUCAUAAAGAAUUGAAUAAAUGUUCCAAGUGAUUAUGUAAAUUAUUAAGAAUUUUGCUACGCAACAAUAUAUCGAAGUUUGUGACUCAGAGAUAAGAAAAACAGACAGCUCUGUGUGUUCGGCUUUGCUUUGUUUGAAACUCGACUUCAAAAAAGUACGGCAUGGAAAUGAGUGCUGCAAUGCUUGCCCGUGUUUCCUUCUACCCAACAUUGCUUUAUAAUGUUUUAAUGGAAAAGGCCACUUCGAGAAAUUGGUACGAUCGCAUUGACGAUAAUGUUAUACUGGGUGCCUUACCCUUCCGUUCUCAGGCAAAUGAAUUGAUCACCAAUGAAAAUAUGAAAGCUGUCGUAUCUAUGAAUGAAGACUACGAACUGUCCAUGUUCUCUAAUGAUUCACCUAAAUGGAAAUUGCUUGGAGUGGAAUUUCUUCAACUACCCACAACAGAUAUUUUUGAAUCUCCGAAUCAAGAUAGACUUUACAGUGGAGUAGAAUUCAUAAACAAAUUUUUGCCUAUCGAUAAGCGUAUAAAAGGUUUAAGUACAUCCUCUGAACCAGAAAAUAUUGGGACUGUGUAUGUGCACUGCAAGGCGGGGCGCACGCGUAGCGCAACACUUGUUGGUUGUUAUUUAAUGAUGAAAAACGGUUGGACACCAGAACAAGCAGUAACCCACAUGCGUGCCCGCCGUCCGCAUAUUUUAUUACACACAAUGCAAUGGGAUGCCCUAAGAAUAUUCCACAAAAGAAACGUUGAAACUACGUGACAUUGAUGCUUCCAAUCGUUAGGUUCAUAGAUCAAGCUUUUAUGGGCCUUAUUCAUUCGUAAAUCCUAAAAUUUACAUUUUAGCUCGUUUUUCUAACAUUGUCAAUUUCUAUAACAUAAUAAAAUAUAUUACACAAACCUCCAUAA